CCACUUCAGCCUCCACCACCAUUUCUCUCAAAACAAGUUAACAUAUCCCAUUUCCUCAUUCUUCACAGAAGCUUGAAUCAAGUAUACAAACAACUAGCAGGGGAAGAAAGAAAGUACAGAAAAGGCAUGGCUUCCACUUCUGCAGUUUCAAUGGCUAUGCCACUAACAUAUGCCAGCCAGAAGAGGGUGGUGCCUAGCUCUGAUGCAUUCUUCAAGCCACUGCCUCUACGGUCUUCAAAGGCAGUGGCAGCAUCGAAACCCAAUGGAAGGUUUCUAGUGAGGGCCUCCAUGAAGGAGAAAGUUGUGACAGGGCUCACAGCAGCUGCAUUGACAGCUUCAAUGAUGGUUCCUGAUGUAGCUGAAGCUGCUGUUACACCUUCUCUCAAGAACUUCUUGCUCAGCAUCGCGGCUGGUGGAGUUGUUGUUGUAGUCAUUGUUGGUGCUGUGAUUGGUGUUUCCAAUUUCGACCCUGUCAAGCGAAGCUGAUGAAGUUCUGAGGCACCGUGUUUAUAUAUAUAUUUUUUUUACCUCCUAUCUUGAUAAGUAUCUGUAAUGUAAUGUUCUUCAUAAAUGAAGUGUACCUUCUGUUGUACGUACUAAUAUGCGAUUCUUGUGCA